AUGCAGCUCAGAGGCUUCAGCACAGACAUCAUGAAAGCACAGCUGGUGCAGGAGGCUCUGCUCCUCCUGAUCUGUGCCACCAACCUCAGAUAUAUACAGGCCAUGAACACCACGAGAGCUGCGUCUUUUGUGGGAAACGCUGAUGGAGCGAAUGCACCUGCAGCUGCAGAGUUGCCCGCAGCGGCUAGAGCUGCAGAGACUGGCCGAGGAGGGAGUCCAGUCCCCGGGGACACGCUCAGACUCUUCCCCGCUCCCAAGUACAUGUUUCCCGCUCUGUGGCCUGGAUAA